AAAACUUGAAGAGGAUGAAACACCUGCCAAUUCUUCACAGCAGCAGCCAUGGGACGUGGUGAAGUCAUUGCAGUCCAUUCCUGGCACCUCAAGGACUGAAUUGCAGCCCCCUGGGUCUGUUUCACCCUUUCAACAUUCUAGAAACAUGGGGAAGCAACCUGUCUCACCUAAGCCUUUGGCAGGGCUGGAAAGAACUGAUGCAUUCUUGCCAUGUGCCGCAGAUGGAAAUCAGCCUUCUUCAAGGAGAUCUGACUUUGCUUCACUACCAGGUCAAAUGCAUGCUGGGCACAAAGGGAAGGAACCUUUCUCGCCCCAUGUUGCUUCUAGACACACAAGACAUGUUUCUGAAGUUGCUCCACAUACUGUGCAAGCAAAAGAUCGAAAAAAAGAGCAAGGCAUUGUUGUUGUGACUAGACAGAAAACUUCUGACAGCCUUGCUUUGAUCAAGCCCAAAGACGAGCCAUUCACUGAUGAGAUGCCAGAGUGUGAGGUUCCUAUUGCAAUGGUCUACCCAGAUUCAUUAAUUGAAGGUGGUUCUGCAGUUGGGAAUGUUAUAAUGGGAGAACCAAAUGGCAAUGAACCAACUGCAUCCCAGCAUGUCGGAAGAGAAAAUGGAGGUGAUGGUGUUCAAUCUUUAUUAAUUGAACAGGCAUCUGUCUCUGAACUUUCUACGCUUCCUGCAGAAUUUCCUAGCUUAGAGAUAGCCUCCUCGACGUUGGGAGAGGAAAGGAUAAUGAAUGUUACCCCAUAUCUUGAUUUAUUGAAGAAACCUAGUUCAUUUGAACCUCUUGCUGUUGGGGGAGGUACAGCAAACAAUCACAUAUCCUCUGGGGCAUCAGAUGGACCAGCUGAUGUUCAGUUCUCUGCUGAGGAAACUUGUGAGGAAUCAUGUAGUUUGGUAGUUGUUCCACAGAAUCAACAUUUUUCUCCUGAUGAGUUAAGGUCUAUUUAUAAUAUCAAUGACAUAACAAGGGGAGAAGAAAGGCUUGAGAUUUCAUGGGUGAAUGAUGUUAGCAAUGAGUGUCCACCGGCUUUUUAUUAUAUAUCACAAAGCAUAAUCUUCGACAAUGCUUCUUUGAAUUUCACACUUAAUCGCAUAGGGGACACUCACUGUUGCUCUGCUUGCUAUGGUGAUUGUUUGUCAUUGGCUUCCGGUGGUGUUUGUGCAUGUCAAACAGGAGGAAAGUUUGCAUACACAUCAGAAGGCCUAAUUGAAGAAGAAUUCUUGGAAGAAUGUAUCUCCAUCACUCGUGAUCCCCAACACCAAAUUCUUUUGAAGUGUAAAGAAUGUCCAUUUGAAAAAAUGAAGGAAGAAGAAAUUUUGGAGCCAUGCAAGGGCCAUCUGAAGAGGAAAACAAUUAAAGAGUGUUGGAGCAAAUGUGGCUGCAAUAAGCAGUGUGGUAAUCGAAUAGUGCAACGAGGCAUAAACCACAAAUUGCAGGUAUUUUUUUCACCUGAUGGAAAAGGAUGGGGAGUCAGAAGUUUGGAGAAGCUGCCAAAAGGUGCAUUUGUUUGUGAGUUUGUUGGAGAAAUUCUGACCAUCACAGAGUUGUUUCAGAGGACUGCUGAGAAGCAGACGUUUCCAGUUAUACUGGAUGCAUAUUGGGAUUCUGAAGGAGUUUCAAAGGAUAAGAAAGCUCUUUGUUUGGAUGCAACAUUUUAUGGAAACAUUGCUAGGUUCAUCAAUCAUAGAUGCUAUGAUGCAAACCUGAUUGAAAUUCCAGUUGAAGUGGAGAGCCCAGAGCGUCACUAUUAUCAUAUUGCCUUGUUCACAACAAGAGAAAUAGAUGCAAUGGAGGAGCUGACUUGGGAUUAUGGUAUUGAUUUUGAUGACCAUGAACAUCCUCUCAAGACAUUCAGGUGUCUAUGUGGCAGUAAGUUCUGCCGAAACAUGAAAAGAUCAUAUAGGUCCAAACAUGCAUCAGUUGGGAGAUGAACUGACAGGAAUCGGACAUAUGUUUUGUUUUGAUGCUGUACCCCAAGAUGGAAAUCUGUGGAGUUAAUUUUUGGCUAGCAUAAUGUGCCCAUUAGGUGUGUUCAAUUGGAUAGAGAAUGGGAAAAUUACAGUAUUGGCUAAAUGUUAUCCUGUGGAUGCCUUCUUUUAUAUAUUUUGUACAGCAUUUUCAGGUACCAUCUGUCCAAACUCAAGUAUAAUACCGAUGUACCCAUGGCUUUUUGAUUUUGAUCAAGCACCUCACAAAAUUUCGCCUGUAUCCGUUUA